AUGACGGAUCAAUUCACUCUAGACGGGUUUCGUGCACCCGUCACAGUGGAUCUGGCUAAGAAGAUCACAAAGGAGAAGCUGUUGAAGUUCUCCGCGUUCUGCAACUGGAAAGACACGCUUCAGAAGAAUCUGGAGCUUCAAUACACCGACAGAAAUCAUCCAUACUUCGAAGACCCGUACCUUCUCAGAAGCAUCGAGAUACAAUCUGCUGACUACUUCGGGCCAAGCAAAGUUGGAUUUGUAAAACUGAAAGCAUAUAUACGAAACCAAAACUGGGGACAACUUCCUGGAAUCAUUCUCUUGCGUGGAGGAAGCGUCGCUAUGCUGAUGGUGCUACGGCCAGUAGAUUCGAGGGACGAAAGAUGGGUAGUUAUGACUGAACAAGCACGAGUUGCAACAGGUAGUCUCAUGUUCGUCGAGCUCCCAACGGGGCUGCUCGACGAUGCGGGGGACUUUUGGGGGGCAGCUGCGAAAGAGAUCGAGGAAGAAACCGGCUUCAAGCUACCGAAACACGAGCUCAUCGACCUUACUGAGCUAGCGCUGAGUCAGUCAAAACCGGAGGGUGAUCAUUCGACGGACGAGGCAUUGCUGGAUGCUGUGUAUCCCAGUCCCGGAGGCUCAGAUGAGUUCAUUAGCAUCCUUUUGUGGGAGAAGGAUCUGAGUCGCCAGGAGAUCAUGGACCUGAGAGGAAAGCUGAAUGGGAUUCGGGGGCAAGGAAAGUCGAUCAGAUUGAGAGUAUGCGACUACGAAGACCUGCGGAGGCAUUACAUCCGGGAUACCAAGACUUUGGCAGCCUGGGCAUUAUAUGAGGGCCUGAUGAGAGAAGGAAAGAUAGAGACCGAACUGCUGAAACACAGGAAAUUACAAGAUGAUCGGUUGGCGUGA